AUGUCAAUUGAAAAUAUUUUUCAAUCCUGGUUGAUUCCAUUUGAUAUUCUUAAUCUGAUAUGUCUCGUUUUGGUUAUUAUACUUGCAUUAAUAUUUUUAUUUCUUAUUAUAUUUAAUAAAACAUGUCAUACAGUUCCAAUGAUACUUGUAGCGAAUUCAUGUUCAGCUGAACUUAUAUUCGCAGGUAGUAUUUUUUCGAUGGCAAUAUUUACAUUAACAAAUGACCUUCUACGACGAGAAUAUAAUGAUUCGUUUUGCAUUUUUCGAGGUUAUGCUAUUUAUGUUGGCUGUUACGCACAGAAUUAUUCUUAUUUCUUACAAGCAAUCUACCGGUAUACAACGGUUGUUUACCCAGCUCGUUUAUUUUGGCGAUCAGCAAAAUUUCAAUUAUUUCUCAUCAGUUUAAUGUGGAUGUCUGCUGUUAUAUCUGUUUUGCCGCAUAUAUUUUACAAGAAAUUUUUAUAUCUUAUUGAUGAUCAAAUGUGUGAAAUGCCAUCUGAACUUUCUUUUGUACCAAUUUAUAAUGUAACUUGGUUUUUUAUAAUACCCGUGAAUAGUAUUAUAUUUAUUUAUUUUAAAUUAGUUCGAUAUGUUAAAGAAAUGAAUAAACAUGUAAUGCUAGUGAAUACUUUAAUUCGUGCAGAAAGAGAAUUAAAAAUGGUAUAUCGAAUAGUUAUACUUGUAACAUUUCUGGCAAUACUUGGUAUACCUUAUGCGACUUUUACAAUUAUGGGAUUUUUUACUUCGCCGCCAAAAUAUCAUUUUCGUAUUGCAUAUAUAUUUGUCAAUAUAUCGCUGACUACAAUCAUUACAUUUCAUAAUGACCUUAAACAAUUUUAUUCUCAAGAUUCAUUCUGUAUGGUUCGAACUUUUAUUAGUUAUGUUAUUUCUGCUGAAUUAUUUUAUUCUUAUUUGUUACAAGCAAUUUAUCGAACUCGAUUAUUUUGGCAAUCAGCACAAUUUCAAUUUUUUCUCAUCAGUUUAACUUGGAUUUGUGCUUUUCUUCAUGCUACUCCACAUAUAUUCACCGGUCAAUAG